CUAAGAACAAUACAGGAUUCCUUUCUGGUAAUGAAGAGUCAGAAUGACAGCUCUGUGGUCGAAUUCACCCUCUUGGGCUUUUCUAACUUUCCUGAACUCCAAGGGCAGAUGUUUGGGGCCUUCUUGGUUAUUUAUCUUGUGACCUUCAUGGGAAAUGCCAUCAUUAUUGCCAUCAUCUUCCUGGACCAGAGUCUCCACAUCCCCAUGUACAUGUUCCUUCAGAAUUUAUCCAUAGUGGACCUGUGCUUUAGCACAGCCAUCACACCUAAAAUGCUGGUGGUCCUGACCCUUGAGAAAACGACCAUUUCUUUUGGGGGCUGUUUUGCACAAAUGUAUUUGAUUCUUCUCUUUGGUGGGACGGAAUGUUUUCUCCUUGGGACAAUGGCUUAUGACCGUUUUGCUGCCAUCUGCCAUCCUCUAUCCUACCCAGUGAUCAUGAACAAAAGGGUUUUUAUGAAAUUAGCAAUAUUCUCAUGGGUCUCAGGGAUCAUGGUGGCUACUGUACAGACCACGUGGGUGUUUAGCUUCCCCUUUUAUGGCUCUAAAGAAAUCAAUCAUCUCUUCUGUGAGACUCCCCCUGUGCUGGAGCUUGCAUGUGCAGACACCUUCCUGUUUGAAAUCUACACCUUCACAGGCACCGUUCUGAUUGCCAUGGUUCCCUUCCUGUUGAUCCUCCUGUCUUACAUUCGCAUCAUCUUUGCCAUCCUGAAGAUGUCUUCCACUACCGGGAGGCAGAAGGCCUUUUCCACGUGUGCCUCUCACCUCACAUCUGUCACCCUCUUCUAUGGCACAGCCAGUAUGACUUAUCUACAGCCCAAAUCCAAGUACUCACCGGACACCAAGAAACUGAUGUCCCUGGCUUACACACUGCUGACCCCUCUGCUGAAUCCACUUAUCUACAGCUUGAGAAACAAUGAGAUGAAAAGAUCUGUCAUGAAAUUAUGGAGAAGAAAAGUGGCUCUACACAUGGCUUGA